CGUCGGCGACCGCAGGUCGAGCGUAGCCUCGGGGAUGACGCAGGGCGCGGGGAGGUCGGGCGUGGGCGACAUGAACGGGGCGUUUCUGCGGCUGAGGGCCCGCAGCGCCUCCCGCCCUGAGCCUGCCGGCCGUCCCUUCCUCGGUUUCCCAGAAUUCCGCUCGUCGCGAGGGUCGCUAAGGACGAGGACAGCAUGGCUGCCGGGCUGCCGAAGCCGUGGGUCUCUGAACCGGUGGUCUUUGAAGAUAUAACACUGACUUUUACCGCGGAGGAGUGGGGACUGCUGGACCUCAAACAGAAGUCCUUGUACAGGGAAGUGAUGCUGGAGAACUACAAGAACCUGCUCUCAGUGGAACAUCAGCUUUCCAAGCCAGAUGUGGUAUCUCAGUUAGAGGAGGCAGAAGACUUCUGGCCGGUGGAGAGAGACAUUCUUCAACACACAAUUCCAGAAUGUCCUGGUGCUGAGGCUCCACUGGACUCUCAGUUGAGUCCUGUUCCUACUGAGAAUCCCCUAGUAAACAUCAAGGUUGUUGAGGUCCUCACCCUGAACCAGGAGGUGGCUGGUCCCCGGAAUGCCCAGAUCCAGGCCCUUUAUGCUGAAGACAGUGGCCUGACCACAGACAUCCUCAGGAAGCCAGCCCAGCAGCUGAGAACAUAUCCAGCAGACCCUGAAGUCGCUCACCAGAAGUUCCGGCAGUUCCAGUAUGAGGAAGCCAUGGGUGCCUGGGAGGCUGUGGCCCAGCUCCGUGAGUUGUGCCAACAGUGGCUACAGCCCAAGGUGCACUCCAAGGAACAGAUCCUGGAGUUGCUGGUGCUGGAGCAGUUCCUGGGUGCACUGCCUGGGAAGUUCCGGACGUGGGUAGAGUUGCAGCACCCAGAGGACUGCCAGGCAGCCAUAGCCCUGGUAGAAGAUGUGAUCUCAAUGUCCAAGGAAGGUGCACUGCCUUCCCAGGUGUCUGCCUGCUUUCCCAAGGCUACCACUCAGCAGCAGAGGAAAGAGAAGGAUACAGCCAUCUUGCCAGUGGCAGAGCUGCCUGAGGAGCCGGUGACCUUCCAGGACGUGUCUGUGGACUUCAGCCAGGAGGAGUGGGGCCUGCUGGGCCCAGUGCAGAGGACUGAGUACCACGAUGUGAUGCUGGAGACCUUGGGAAACCUAGUCUCCGUGGGGUGGGAGACUGCAGCAGAAAACAAAGAGUUAAUUCCAGAUUCUAAUGUUCCUGCUGAAGAACCCAUUUAUGACCCAAAAGUGAAUGAAUUGUCUAGGGAAGGCACCCAGCCCUCUGCCUUGGAAGAUCUCUUGCAAGAUGGCAUCACAGAAGUCCUGCAUGCAGCAUUUCAAGAAGAGGAGUUUGCUGAAGACAAACCCAUCCCCCAGAAGCACCUCACUGAGAACCCUGAGUCAAAAGCAGACCCUGGUCUCGACACAAGCCAAACUUCACCCCAGAAAAUUCCUCCUAGGAAAUGUUUCCGCAAACUACUCUCACAGUGUAAAAGUGUAACCCAUAGUUCACACAUAAAAGAUCACCAGAAGGGCUAUGAGCCAGGCAAAGCCAGGGACAGCAUUGGUCACAUGAGCCAAAGUUCACAUGUGAAGGUUCAACAGAAGGGCUGUGAGUGGGGCAAAGCUGGGGAGAGCAGUGGUCAAGUGACCCAGCAUUCACAAGUGAAACUUCACCGGAAGGGCUGUGAGCCAGGCAGAGCUGGGGAGAGCAGUGGUCUUGUGAUACAGAAUUCACAUGUGAAAGCUCGUCAGAAGCCCAGUGGGCAGAACAAAGCUGGAGAGAGCAACGGUAGUAAGAAAACCGUUGGCCAACGGGUUCCACAGGUCAUGUUUAUAAAAAUCCAUAGUGGGAGCCAAAUUUGCCGAUGCAGUGUAUGUGGGAAGUUGUUCCGAAAUCCAAGGUACUUUUCUGUACAUAAAAAAAUCCAUACAGGAGAGAAACCAUAUGUCUGUCAGGACUGUGGGAAAGCCUUCGUGCAGAGCUCUUCUCUCACACAGCACCAAAGGGUGCACAGUGGUGAGAGGCCCUUCCAGUGCCAGGAGUGUGGCAGGACCUUCAAUGACCGCUCAGCUGUCACCCAGCACCUGCGCACCCACACUGGUGCCAAGCCCUAUGCCUGCCAGGACUGUGGCAAGGCCUUCCGGCAGAGUUCCCACCUCACCCGGCACCAUAGGACACACACUGGAGAGCGGCCCUACGUGUGCCACAAAUGCGGGAAGGCCUUCACCCAGAGCUCCCAUCUCAUCGGCCACCAGAACACACAUGGCAGGAGGAAGCAUAAGAGGAAGCACAAGAAGCAGCCACCUCCUGCCUCCUAGCCCUCAUACCACUGGGAGCAUCCAUCCCACCAUCUCCCGUGAUGCUCCCAUCUAGGGAUAACAUGUGACAGGGAAGCUGAGGAGGACAACCUGUGAUCAGAGGAUACUGACACCUGCUUAGCACAUGAGUAAAUAGAUAAACUGUGGGGGACUUGCUAAUGAGUACAUAUUGGAAAGAGAUUUAAUUUUUUAUUAAAAGUAAUAUUAAUGAAAUCUGAAGAUGCUUAUAAAUUUUAAAAGUUGGGUACCAAAUAAUCUUUGCCCUGAUAAUUAUAUCUGUAAUAAAGUAUUUAUGUGUCAGCAAGGUCGAAGAGAAUAUGGAUAAACUAUAUAUUUUUGUUUAGAACUUGUUUCCUACCUAAACAAUGAUUUGAUGUUUAAAAUAAGCAACAUUAAAACAUGAGGUUGUGAGAUA